UCGAGGGGGUUAUGUACCCGACGACGAAGAAACACGAGAAACCACUCAAGCAGCCCGUUGGGGUAUGUCUGAGACAUAGGUCACCAUAUCUCACACACGUGGAAAAUACGGACCAAGUAAGGACGAUGCCAACGAGAGGACAGUUACCAGUGGGAGCCAUCAGGCCGAUAAGACGACGAUGUGGUUACAUAGUUCUCUGGGAUGUUUCUCACUCCAAUCGUGUACCUGGCUUCCUGUCGCGAGCGGGUUACAAACGAUGCGCUUGGUAUUACAACCCGCAAAUUACACCCCCGACUGCUGAGCGAAUACAUGAUGCCUCAAGUCGUGAAUUAUCCUUCACUGUCUAUAUAUAG